GCUGGGGUAGGAGGAGCCCGCGCUGGGGCCGGGUCGUGGCGGCGCCGGUGGAGCCCCCGAAGUUUGUGCUGGUGGCGGAGGGCGGCUCUCGUUCCUCAUCCCGCCGCUUCCGGGGCUCCGCCGCGCCGGGCGGAGCGGGCCGGCGGGCGCCCGGGAAAAGGAGGCGGGCAGGCGGCCACCGGCAAGACGAACCGAACCGAGCCGAACCGAACCUAGCUGAACCGAGCCGAGCCGCGAUGAAGAAGCCGGACGGGAAGGUUGUGCUGCUGGGGGACAUGAACGUGGGCAAGACCUCCCUGCUGCACCGCUACAUGGAGAGGCGCUUCCAGGAGACGGUCAGCACCGUCGGCGGCGCUUUCUACCUGAAGCAGUGGGGUCCCUACAACAUCUCCAUCUGGGACACGGCAGGUCGGGAGCAAUUUCAUGGUCUCGGAUCUAUGUACUGCAGAGGAGCAGCUGCUGUGAUCCUCACGUAUGAUGUGAACAGCCUCCAAAGCCUGACAGAGCUGGAAGAAAGAUUCUUGUCACUGACAGACAGUGCGAGUGCUGACUGCAUUUUUGCUAUUGUUGGAAAUAAAGUUGACCUCACCGACGACUGUGCUUUACCACCAGAUGAAAAUAGACCUGAGAAGUCUGUUGCUAGCUGCGGCUCAAAGGUGCGAAAACAAGUCCGCUCAGAGGAUGCGAUUGCGCUCUAUAAAAAGAUACUGAAAUACAAAAUGAUAGAUGAGAAGGAUGUUCCAGCAGCUGAGAAGAUGUGCUUUGAGACCAGUGCAAAAACGGGGUACAAGGUGGACUACCUCUUUGAAACAGUGUUUGAGAUGGUAGUCCCAAUAAUUGUACGGCAGAAAGCUGAGGGGCCUUCGCAAACUGUAGACAUUACAGACUACAAGCCAGCCAAAAGGACAAAAUCUGGUUGCUGUGCCUGAACCAUUUACAUGACGUUAGAAAAGGGGAGCCAUUUGUUCACUCCAGCAAACUGAGGAGUAACGAAUGCUUACAGUUCACCAGGAAGGAAACGACAAAGGAUAAAUAGACUAAAAUGGUGUGCGUGGGAAAAAAAACCAAACAAAGCAAAACAAAUCUUCUGACCUUUUAAAGGUUUCUGGGAGGCUUUGUGUAUGAAAAUGGGAGUGUGAAUGAAAUGAUGGAAGAAGACUUACCGGUUUUCAUGGGCUCUGAAGACAAAUGGUGUGUUAGUACAGCUGUUAGCGACAAUCAUUUGAGCAGUUUUGAUGGAGUCUGAUUAUCUUUUUUAACAACUCUCCAUUUCAUGUUGCAUGCAAAUGAUCUGUUUCUGUACUCUCAACAGCUUUCACAUGAUUGUUAUCUUUCCCCUUGAGACUCUAACUUUGGAAGGUUGAACACGCGAUGCUUUUUUAUUCUCGAGGAAACAAACAAAAAAAGAAAAUCAAGGUAUAAUUUAUAUUUGUAGCUGAGAAAUCAAUGACAGUCUUUUUAUGUCAUAUUUGGCAGUGUAAGAGUCAGAAAUUGAACUAUUAAAAUCACUUUGGUUAUGUACUGUUCA